UCUCUUUCCUAAUUUCUUCUUGUGUAUAUUCACUCUCUCUUUCUCUCAGAAUUCACUCAAAGAUUUUUCAUUUUCCGAGACACUCCCGAGGCGCAGAGAGCUCCCGAUUUGGAGCAGCUUCGCCGAUAUCGGCACUUAACGGCUCGCUCUCUCUCACUCACUUUACUCCCUCACUCACUGUGGGUAUCAUUUCGGUUUGGUGCUUGCAAAUCGGCAUCUCGCCGAUUCGGACACAGCACAAAGGUGGGUAUAUUUGUUUGGUCUAUUCGCAAAGAGCAUUUGAAAUGCAGGCGCGCCAGCGAUUUUUCGGGGUUUUAAGGCCGAUCGGAAAAUCGCCGGCGAUUUGAUGGAAAAAUCGGCACUGUUUGAGUUGGAGUUUUCGGUGGUGUUAGUUCAUGGAGGUAAUGGUUCGGUGUACUCCAUGUCCAGUGCUCAGAUUUCGUGGUAAGCGUCGCCUUGCCGUCGUUUUGUUCGAGAUUAUAUUGAUAUUGUCAUGGUUGGAAGCUAUUAGUGGAAAAUCCCAAGAGCAUCAACUGCAAUGGCAAGGCCCAGAGCGGGACAGUGAGAACAACAUUGUUUCCCACUCUUGCAUCCAUGACCAGAUAAUUGAACAAAGGAGGCGACCUGGUCGCAAGGUGUACUCUGUUACUCCACAAUUUUAUAAGGAGUCUGAUAUCUCUAAACCCCUUCAUCGAAAAGGAAGGGCAUUGCUUGGAGUUUCCAAAUUGUCAGAGCUGCAAAAGGAUGCGAAGCAACCUAUUAGGAUAUAUCUAAAUUAUGAUGCUGUUGGUCAUUCGCCUGACAGAGAUUGUCGACGUGUUGGAGACAUUGUGAAGCUUGGUGAACCUCCUGUGAGCUCUCUUCCUGGCUCUCUGUCUUGCAAUCCUCAUGGCAAUCCUCCAAUUUUGGGUGACUGCUGGUAUAACUGCACCGUGGAUGAUAUCUCUGGGGAGGACAAAAGGUCUCGCCUUCACAAGGCUUUGGGUCAGACAGCAGACUGGUUCAGGAGAGCCCUGUCUGUUGAGCCUGUGAAAGGGAACUUGCGCUUAAGUGGAUAUUCUGCAUGUGGACAAGAUGGAGGGGUACAGCUUCCACGUGAAUAUGUCGAAGAUGGUGUUGCUGAUGCUGACUUGGUUCUUUUGGUGACAACAAGGCCUACCACCGGCAACACUCUUGCAUGGGCAGUGGCAUGUGAACGUGAUCAAUGGGGCCGUGCAAUUGCUGGACACGUGAAUGUUGCUCCUCGCCAUUUGACUGCUGAAGCAGAGACUUUACUUUCAGCUACUCUGAUACAUGAGGUUAUGCAUGUUCUUGGUUUUGAUCCCCAUGCCUUUGCUCAUUUUAGGGAUGAGAGGAAAAGACGGCGUAGUCAGGUUACAGACCAAGUUAUGGAUGAAAAGCUUGGGCGGAUAGUGACACAUGUGGUGCUUCCGCGUGUUGUCAUGCACUCGCGAUACCAUUAUGGGGCAUUCUCUGAGAAUUUUACUGGAUUAGAGCUAGAAGAUGGAGGAGGGCGUGGCACAUCAGGAUCGCAUUGGGAAAAAAGGCUCCUGAUGAAUGAGAUCAUGACGGGGUCAGUGGAUACAAGAUCAGUAGUUUCAAAAAUGACACUUGCUUUACUAGAAGAUAGUGGAUGGUACCAGGCUAAUUAUAGUAUGGCAGACCGUCUUGACUGGGGUCGCAACCAAGGAACUGAAUUUGUGACCUCCCCGUGCAAUCUCUGGAAGGGGGCAUACCAUUGCAACACAACCCAGUUGUCAGGCUGUACGUAUAACAGGGAAGCAGAGGGUUACUGCCCAAUUGUAAAUUAUAGUGGGGACCUCCCUCCGUGGGCUCGCUAUUUUCCACAGGCUAACAAAGGUGGGCAGUCAUCAUUGGCUGAUUAUUGCACGUACUUUGUAGCUUAUUCUGAUGGAUCAUGUACAGACACCAACAGUGCACGGGCACCAGACAGAAUGUUGGGUGAAGUGCGAGGGAGUAGCUCUAGGUGUAUGGCCUCAUCACUAGUACGGACAGGGUUUGUACGUGGUUCUAUGACCCAGGGAAAUGGUUGUUAUCAGCACAGGUGCAUUAAUAACUCUCUAGAGGUUGCUGUUGAUGGGAUGUGGAAAGCAUGUCCUGAAAGUGGUGGACCAAUUCAGUUCCCUGGCUUCAAUGGUGAAUUGAUGUGCCCAGCAUACUAUGAGCUCUGUAGCACAGGCCCACUUCUUGGAUCUGGGCACUGUCCCAAUUCUUGUAAUUUCAAUGGAGACUGUGUUGAUGGAAGGUGCCAUUGCUUUCUAGGGUUUCAUGGUCACGACUGUAGUAAACGCUCAUGCCCCACCGAUUGUAAUGGACAUGGAAAAUGCCUCUCUAACGGCAUUUGUGAAUGUGAAAAUGGGUUCGCUGGUGUUGACUGCUCCACUGCCAUUUGCGACGAACAGUGCAGCCUUCAUGGAGGGGUCUGUGAUAAUGGAGUGUGUGAAUUCCGUUGUUCAGACUAUGCAGGCUACACAUGCCAGAACAGCUCCAUGCUCUCCUCUAGUCUUUUAGUUUGCAAAAAUGUGCUGGAAAGUGAUAUAUCUGGGCAACACUGUGCACCCAGUGAACCAAGCAUACUGCAGCAACUGGAAGAAGUAGUUGUCUUGCCCAACUACCACCGUUUGUUCCCAGGUGGUGCAAGGAAGUUAUUUAAUUUCUUCGGCAGCAGCUACUGUGAUGCAGCAGCUAAGCGCCUGGCAUGCUGGAUCUCGAUCCAGAAGUGCGAUAAGGACUGGGACAACAGGCUUCGGGUAUGCCAUUCAGCAUGCCAGUCAUAUAAUUUAGCAUGUGGAGCUUCACUUGACUGCUCAGAUCAAACCCUCUUCAGUGGUGAGGAGGAAGGUGAGGGGCCGUGUACGGGCUCUGGUGAAAUGAAACUGUCUUUGCUUGAUCGUAUGCUGAGUAUUUUCUAUUUAAGUAAUAGUUCCUGGAAAGGAAUGUCUGUAAAAAGUAGGCAGCUUUAGGGUUUUUUUUUUUUCCUGAGGGGGGUGGGGGUUGUUUAAUCUUUUUAUUUUGUUUUUUUGUUUUUCCAAUAUGGGCUUGUAAUUUUCUAGGGUUUAUUGUAGGAAAAAUGGCAUGUAAUGCGCUGGCUUUAGAUGUAGGUUUCAUUCUGCUUGGCCCAAAAAUAUUUAGAAAAAGUUGGGUGGGUAGGUUACUGAGUUUGGGCUUUCGAAGCUGAAAGCCACUUGUAGAGAAAUUGGGGGGGAAAAAAAUGCAAAAAGAAAAAGACGGCUUUGUUGAAUGAACAGAGCUUUGGCCGAAGGCCUUGAAAGUAAAGAAAAAGCUUCAUUUAUCUUUUUUUCUGAUUCA